GUCGUUUUUGUUGGCCAUCUGUGGCCCGUCGGGGGUGAUACUCCACGGUUCUAGACGUAUUUCCUUCCUGAAAAGCACCGUCGUUAUAAAUUCUAGCUCACAACGCUCCUCGUAAUCUGCAAAGCAAAACCCUGUCCAGGCCAAUCAAUUUGAUCAGGACGCACGCGUAGUUGCGGCAAUACGUAGGGCUCCUGGACUACUGAAGUUAACUCCCAGCAAAGUGGUAAAACUGAGCUAAUCUCAGAAGCACGAAAAAUCGUCAUGGCCGCGUCGCCGCAACCGGACGCGACGGAAGCCUACUCGAUGGAGAGCAAAAAAGCUCAAGGCGCGAUGAACGACGCGCUCUCGAACGCGCUGACGACCGCGGCGCCGUGGUUGGCCAUAUCGUCGGCCGCGGUCUACGCCGCGAAUUCGUACUGGCCCGCGUUCCGCAAGUCCUUCGGCGCCUCCGGCAAAACAUCACUGGUGAUAAUGCCGCCGAUCGUCGCCUACAAUUUAGCCGGCGAGGCGUCGGUGCUCCGGUCUCUGCGGGCGGACGCGGACGGCGAGGCCGUGGCGGCGCCGUCGAAGCGGACGGGCAUGACGUGGCAUCUGAGGGCCGCGAACCUCUUCUGCGAGCACACGCUUCUCUCGUUCGCGGUCGUGAUUACACCUAUGUACGGAGCCAUCCUCGCGAACGAGCUCUCGAAGCCGCGCUACGAGGGCUGGCGCCUGAGCCACGCCCUCAUCCACACGCGCGUCUUCGGCCAGGCGGCGGCCGUUGGGAGUUUGGUCCUCGUCUUCGGCUUCAAGGACGCGCUGCGCAAGAUGGGCGCGCCGUUCGAGAUCUGA